AUGGCUUCUCAAGUGUGUUGUCGAAAAGAUGAGAGAAAGAGCAAGAUAAUCUGCUUGGACAUACCUGGCGAGCAAAUGCUGACCUGGCUACCGCCUUCACCUCCACCCUCUGAUAGUGGUGAUGAUAUUUACUAUGAUUCAACCGGUGAAUACUGGUUUGAGCAAUUACCAAUGGCUGAAUGCCGUUUACCAAAUACAAUUCAUGAGCUUCAUCGGCCUCGACCACUUACGCCGACUUCAUCACUCGUUCCGGAACAAUUUGUACCGGAAAUUAUAGUUCCACUAUCAAUACCAUAUCAAAUGGCACCAGGUGCAAUGCCACCAAGUGUUGCAAUGCCACCAAUUGUUGCAUUACCUCCAUCACCAACUGGCAUGUGUACUGUAGCUAGUGGUAUUGUCCGUGAUAUUAUAUCUUCUCCCACUGCAUCGCUUUCAUCAGUUUCUCAUGAACGUGGUAUCAAUUUAAUACCUCAAACAGGUGUAUCAUCUGGUGCUGCUUACCUUGAUACAUCAAAUCUGUUAAGGCCUGCUACACCUUCACGUUUACCCGGUUCUGUUGAUGACGCAAUUGAUAGUGUACGAAAAUCAGCACAAAAAGCAUUAUCCAUCCAGGGAACGCAGAGAUCUCAAGCUGGAAGCGGUCGUCAUAGUUUGUUUGACAGUCGCUGUGGAAAAACUGAGUUGCGGCGUCCAUUCACACCACCUCCACGAUAUCGCGAAGCAAUCGAUUACGAUGGGUCGGAAUGGAGUAUUGCGGAAGACUAUGAGGCACUUACGAUUCUAACUGAAUUGCAACGAUUGCCAAAUCAUUUGCAUUCACCAAAAAUUGGGCAGUAUGCAAAUUGGGACAUGGUAUCGAUUUUAUUGGCUCCAUUAUCGGAAACCUAUCGUUCACCGCGACAAUGCUCACUACAUUAUCAAAUGGUUGUGCAGCCGCGUGAGGAGGGACGUAUGGUCACGCUAGAUCCAAUAACUAAGAAAACACGGAGAGUUCCCCUAUCAACCGGAGAAAUGAUUCAUAUGAAGCGUGGACGUACGAAAACUGAUCAGCAAUACUUAGCGGACAUCCUCAAACUUGUGUCAAGUCAAUACGAUAAAAAAUUUAAAGCACUGAAAGCAGCAUCACUAAAGCAAACAGUUUUAUUCCGUCCAAAAACGACUGAUGACAGUGUGGAAAAAUGGUGUCCAUUACAAUCUCAAGAAUUGAAAUUUGCUGAACUGGGGAUACGUUACGAUGCUACAACAACCUGUUCUGCAGUAGUUGAUUAUCGUAAUGAACGGCGUGAGAAAUUACGUGAGCAAGAUCGAGAACGUUCGCGCUUGAAGGAAGAGGAGGAGCAAAAGAGAGAAGCAAUGGUUUUCGAACAGCAACGUAGUCAUGAACAGAAAUUAAUUCGUAAGGAAUCGGCAGUUAGUGCAAUCCCUGGUGUUAUACAUUAUCAGAAAGUAACUUAUGGAGCUGUCAUGGAGCAUGCACAGCAACAGCUUUCGGCUUCUUCAGUACCAGUAAUAAGUGCCCCGGUUGUCUCGACUGUGAGAACAUAUACUUCUGGUGGUUGUGUUCAAAGUCAGCUUGUCAGCAAUAUAUCUGGACAGGGUAUGGCAUAUGCAAGUGAUGCGCCUCAAGUAAUUGUCAGCCAACGAACUUAUGUUGACCACCCGCAGGUGGCUGUAUCCGGUGCUGCACCUGGUGCUCACCAGAUCAGUACUCGACGUGUUGCAAUUUCGGUUGGUUCAGGAACUUCAUCUCAACAUCAGAUCAUUAUGACAGGUGGUACACAAAUGGGAUCAUCUGGUGGCCAACAACCUUAUGCUGUUGUUGUUAAUUCUCAAGAUACUCUGACUGGACAGCAGCUUGGUAGUCGCUUUCAGUACACAACGCGACAAGAAGGUGUGGGUGAACGGCAGACUGUUUAUCGAACAAUACCGUCAGCAGGAACAAAAAAAGGACUUUCGGCACCUACUACACAAAGGAUUGCGACCGGAUAUGGAACAUCUCCGGAAGCACAACAGCAAAUAUAUGCAACUACGUCGCAUGCUGGACGAACAUUGAUUAUGUCUCAGGGAGAUACUUCACAGCUGGGCGAAGCGAGUCAAAUACAAAUGAUUCGUCCACAAAUCCAAACUGGCGGAAUAUCUAUGCGACAAGAUACACGGUCUAAAAUAAAUCAGCGUACACCGGGUCGUUUAUAUGUCACAACAGCUGCUGGUGAUAGAACUUACUUGAUGCCGCAAUCACAGGUACGAAUGAUGCCUGGCGGACAACGAAUUACAUCAAAACGUACCGCCGGAGCAAUACAUACGAAAACAAUUGGUGGACAACCUCAGGUUGCUAUGAUGCUACCACGUGGGAGUCCCGUGCAACAGAUACGAACAAUACCGCGCAGUAUUGGUUAUCAGAGCUCUCGAGUUCCGUCAAUUGGAUUAGUCAUGAGCGGUAGUUCAAGAAGCAGUGAAAAUGUCACUGGUUCUGCGACAAGUGGAAUCUCGCGGCAAUCCAUUUCGAGUGCUUCAUCAAGUACCAGGCAGGUAACCGUCGCGGUGCAAGGUGUUGGCAGUGCGACUUCCGCCAUAUUACAAGAUCAUCCAGUGAGCAUUCCAACCCAGCAAACACAAUAUCUACCGCCGAUAACUCUUUCGAGUCAAGCCAAUGUUCCGCAACGCUAUGUAACAUCGCAACCGCCAGGUGGUAGUGGAGGUGCAUCUUCAGUUGGUAAUGCUAUAGCUGGAAUGCAACCACCCCACACAGAUAUUUCAUAA